ACCAUGAAACCCAAUGAAGAUAUGAACGGAAGAAAAGCCGCAGAAGCGUACGAAUCAUGGAAAGAUAAUGAACCCCUGAAAGAAAUCGCCAUCGAGAUAAAAGAUGAAGCUAUGCUAAAGAGUAAAGCCCCUGCUGAAGACAAAGAGGCACUCAAAGACAAAUCUUCGGAAGCUAAAACCAAGGUAAGAGACGAAGAAGGAGAGGUGAUCCACACCUGUCAUACCCGCAAAAUUGUUCGAAGAAGCGAGAAUCUCGUGGUGAAGAAAGCACUCGAUCUUCGAUUUUUUUGA